AUUAAAGCGGUACAACAAAUGUAUAUCUGAAAAUGAAUUCAGAGAAAGAUUUGAUAGUUAUUCAUAUUUAUAAUUUAGUGAGUGCAAAGAAAAAUCCAUACAGCACAUCCUUCCUUUGGCCCUCCAUGCACCAGUCAGUAGUCCCCUCGCCGACAUCCCGCCACACUGUGAUGAUGGUUGUUGGCCAUGACUCCUUACAUCCUAUUAGGCGUAAUUGUUAUAAACUUUCCCCGACUCGGACGGAGCUCAGCGCGGCCCUGGAGGCGGUAAACACACUGAGAAUAAACCUGUAGCGGCUAUAUGCGGCCGCCCCCGGCUAAUCCUCUGCGCUGACCAUCCGGUUCAUCUAACUUCAUCAGUGAAAGUCCUGCACCACAAGAGGAGAUUUCCUCCUAAAUACCGCCGGGACAGCAUGCUGCAAGUCAAACGUGCCAGCCGUCGACGUCAUAGCCAGCAGCUUGUUGAAGCUGUCUCCUGCGACGCCACCGGGCACAGCUGAACCCCCGCUGUGAACUUCGACCCCCGGGGUAACCAUGAGCGCUGCGGAUCAUCCCAGUGCGGGCCGCGCCGAGCCUGACUCGGAAAACAGCGAGCUGGCCGACAUGGUGGCGGCCAUGAGCACCACCUCCAGCCACAUGACCCCGCCCAACGGCUACCGGAGCGGACAAAAUCGCACCACGCCCCACCGGCUCACCAUGUCCGACAGGAAGCUGUCCCUGCAGGAGCGGGGGUCCCGCGGCGCCAGGCAGCCCACCAUCGAGACCAAGCGCGUGUCCAUCACCGACGGCGAGGAUUGUGUCCAGCUCAACCAAUAUAAGCUGCAGUCGGAGAUUGGGAAGGGUUCGUACGGGGUGGUAAAAUUAGCCUACAAUGAGGAUGCGGAAAAGUUCUAUGCCAUGAAGGUGGUCUCAAAAAAGAAGAUGCUGAAGCAGUGUGGAUUUCUACGCCGCCCCCCUCCCCAGGGGUCUUGCUCCAAACCCCAGGAGCCUCUGCAGAGGGUGUACCAGGAAAUCGCUAUCCUGAAGAAGCUGGACCACCACAACAUCGUGAAGCUAGUGGAGGUGCUUGAUGAUCCCGGUGAAGACAACCUCCACAUGGCUUUCGAAUUGAUGACAAAGGGGGCGGUGAUGGACGUUCCCACUGAAACCCCCUUCACAGAAGAGCAGGCUCGCUUCUACUUCAGAGACGUUCUCCUCGGCAUAGAGUACUUGCACUACCAGAAGAUCAUCCACCGAGACAUCAAGCCGACCAACCUGUUGCUAGGGGAGGACGGCCACGUGAAGAUAGCGGACUUUGGCAUCAGCAACGUGUUUGAGGGCAGCGACGCGCGCCUCUCCAGCAUGGCGGGGACCCCGGCCUUCAUGGCCCCAGAGAUGAUGGCCGAGCUGGAGCAGGGAGCUGGCUUCAGUGGCAAGGCCUUAGAUGUGUGGGCGAUGGGCGUGACGUUAUAUUGUUUUGUGUACGGGAAGUGCCCUUUUUACCAUGAAUUCAUUGUUGAGCUGCACAUCAAAAUCAAGAAUGAACCAGUGUGUUUUCCACAAGAAACGACCCUAAGUGAGGACCUAAAGGAGCUCAUCCUAUUGAUGCUGGAUAAAAACCCUGAAACCAGAAUCACGAUUCCUCAAAUCAAGCUGCACCCGUGGAUGACCCAGCACGGUGCGGACCCCCUGCCCCUGGAGGAGGAGCACUGCACGGCGGUGGAGGUGACGGAGGAGGAGGUCCAGAACAGCAUCCGCCUUAUCCCCAGCCUCUCCGCCGUGAUCUUGGUGAAGUCCAUGCUGAGGAAGCGCUCCUUCGGGAACCCCUUCGACAGCCCCAGGAGCCGGGCCGAGCGUUCAAUGUCGGCCCCUGGUGGCCUGCUCACGGGCACUUGGGGUCUGCUGGGCUCCUCGAUGCACGUCCACCCGUCGCUGAUGAGGGGCAGCAUCGACGGGGAGCUGGAGGAUCUCUAUGAGGACGACGCCAUCCCCGAGUCCAGCUAGACCUCCACGUCUUCUCCCUGAGUACCACUCUCUCUCCCUUCCCCCUCCCUCUCUCUCCCUUCCUCCUCCCUCUCUCUCCCUUCCUCCCUCUCUCUC